AGAUUUAUCUAAACACUUGGCGCUUUUUCAUUCCCAUGAUAUCUAAUAGAUACCGCUCUUAUUUAAUUACAUUAACGUUACCAUUACAACCACUCAACCAAACUCCACCUUAAAUAGCUGUAGUGUUGGCUGCGCAAAUCCCGGUCUGAUCUAGACUGAGGACGCGGGCCAAACACCACCAUCACUCCACAGCGUCGGCGAGGAAGUCGGCAUGAGCGUGUUCGGCGGCGACAGCUGGGCGCGUGAUGCGCAGCAGCGGAAGCGGCGUCUCGACGAGCUCUUGCUACCCAUCACGGCGCCCUCGUCUCCCUCGACGCCUGAUUCCUUCAAGAAGCUCCACAACGGCAAGCUCGCCUGCCUCAUCUGCCCCCACCGCCCCGUCCUCGACACCCCGCUCAUGCUCUCCAAAGUUCGCCUUCGAGGGGAAUCGAACCCGGGACUCGGAGGUGCUACUCAGAAGCCUUUAACCACUAGAUGCAUAAUAAAGGUGCACGGCACAUCGCUGCAGAAUCGAGGCUGAGGGAGAAAGAAUUAUCUAAGAAGCACGAAAUUAGCAAGAGACUGGCUCUCUCUUCAGAUGUUUCCCAUUCAAAUUCUGGCAAUCCACGGACCAGUGUUUGGCCUACCAAUAUCAAAGAAAAACCAUUGAUUGAGGAGACCCGGAGGGCAAUUCUGGAAGCACAGUCGAGCAGAUUCAAUGAUUUCCAAGGCAAGAAGGUAUCUUGUGAUUCGGAAUGGAUGACAAUUACUUCAUCCUUUGACUCCAAUGUUGCUUCUUCUGAUGUUCCCAAGGAACUGUCCACUGGAAAUACUGGAUCACGAGAAUGGAGCUGUAAAGGACAAUCUUUUGCUGGAAAUCAGACUCAAGACAAGUUAUUUUCUGACAGACAAACAGAAGUUCGAAAGCGCCAGGAGCAAGAACUUUGGUUCACUGCUUCAGGCUGGAAACGGGAUGGCCAUGGAAGAUGGUACAGAGAUGAAAAUGUUGAAUUUGACUCAGAUGAAGAUGAUCCUAACAUCUGUCUCUCCUGAUCAUUUGAGAAGGCAAUCGGAAUUGAACUAUCCUAUGGCCCAUCUGGGAGUAUUGAAUUCAUCACAAUGCAAUAUCAAGUUCAAUCUCUCCCUACAAAAAAUGGUCCAAUCAGAUUUUGUCAGACUGUCAGCUUUUCUGAUCAAUGGAAAUGUCAGAUCAUGUUCCUGUUAAACUUAAAUGUUUGUUUCAUUGUGAGCCAAACCUGUAUAAUGAUAGUUGAGAAAUACAGUGUGUAUUUAUUUUGUGAAAACAUUUAGAGAUCAGAGAAUUCCGUUUUCAAAGAUGUAGUCUAAACCUGCCAUUAGUCACUGUAAAGAUAGGCGAUGCAUUUUGGUUUUGGAGCUUGUUUUCAGACUAAUA